UUGUCAAGCCUGAAGAACAAGUUGGUAGAUCAUCAGCAGAUCCCUGGAAACACCGAACACACAGAGGCUGACACACCGGCGGUGAAGGUGCAGAGCAAGAGCGUCAACAUGACCAGGUGUGUGAUUAAAAAAAGUGAGGUGCAGAGCUUCAUCGAGAGAUGCAUGCUGGCAGUGGGCACCCAGGCACAUCACGCUCGCAGCCUGGCCGAGGUGCUGGUCGAGGGAGAUCACAGGGGCCACGGCAGCCAUGGACUCAACAGAAUGGAUAUGUAUGUGAACGACGUCAAGUCGGGAAUUUGUGCGAAGGACGGCGAGCCGGUGGUGGAGAAGCAGACCGCAGCGACGGCGCUGGUGGAUGGGAAGAACCUUCUGGGUCCAGUCGUAGGAAAUUUCUGCAUGCAGCUGGCCAUUGAAAAAGCCAAAGAGGUUGGCAUCGGCUGGGUGGUGGCACACGGUUCCAACCAUUAUGGUAUAGCGGGAUAUUAUGCAAUGCAAGCACUGAAGGAAAACAUGAUUGGUAUGUCAUUCACCAACACGUCUCCACUGGUGGUCCCCACGCGUGCGAAAGCGUGCACCAUCGGCACAAACCCCAUCAGUGUUGCUGCUCCCGGCAACGAUGGAGACAGCUUCGUUCUGGACAUGGCCACUUCAGCCGUCGCUCUUGGAAAGGUGGAGCUCCAUGCACGACGUGAGGAGUCCAUACCCGAAGGCUGGGGCUGUGACUCCAAGGGAAAAAUCACAACGGACCCCAAGGAGGUCCUGAAUGGAGGGGGGCUGGUGCCCAUCGGUGGCUCUGAGGCCACAGGAGGCUACAAAGGCUACGGCCUGGGCAUGAUGGUGGAGAUAUUCUGUGGGAUUCUGGCCGGAGCUCAGUACAGCAAACACAUCCGCAUGUGGAAAGAGACGGGCCGUGUGGCCAACCUGGGUCAGUGCUUCGUGGCAAUCAACCCAGACAACUUUCAUCCUGAUUUCAAAGACAGGAUGUCUGACCUGAUGUCAAUCCAGAGAGACCUGGAGCCGUCUGACCAAGGCACUCCUGUUUUGGUUGCUGGAGACCCCGAGAGAGAGAACAUGAGGAAGUGCGAGGAGAUGGGUGGGAUUCCAUACCACAUCAAUGUUGUCAACUUUGUGAAUGAAUGCGCAAAGCAAAUUGGAGUGAGCAAACUGCUGCCAACCGUGUGACAACCGGUUCUGAAUGUAGAUAUGAAAACAUCAGAGAGGCUGUACCUGACAGUGAAUAUGUAACAUCUGCAUUCAGAGGUGUUGUUCUGUCUUCUUCUAUCUGCUCACCUUGACUGGAGCAGCAGAAAGCUUCCGCCUCUGAGCCUGGCUCUGCAGGCUGAAUCCUGCCUUUCUUUCUUCUUGCUCAGGUGGAAUAGUUGGGGUUUUUCUGUGGAAAAGUGGGAAUAAAUGACUGUGCUGUAUUUCGUGAUAGAGAAACAAAAUUAAUUUUCAAAUGAAUUAUAAGUUAAAUUGAUGUUGUUUAUAAAUUUACUUGAGUUUAAAAACAAUGUGAUUGAAAGAUUAAAUAAAGGUAUUGCAUUGUUUGGUAUUUUCUUAUGGACACGUUGCAAUAUUGUAAUUUUUAAUGCAUUAAAUCGUUAAUAUUCUGAAAAAACAUCUUUAAAUUGAAAAUUACUUGAUUUAUAAAUCAAGUCUGAAUAAACUUUAUUGUGUGAUCAUGAUGACAAUAUAACUUUUUCCCAUCUAAAUACAUAAAACCUACAUAAUACUCAACUUAUUAUCCUCUGUAUUGAUGCUUAUUCAAUUUAUAAUUUGUCUCCAUCGAUAUAUGGUGAAAUAUGGUCAUUUUUAUUCAGCUCCUCAGGAAAUUAACAUUUCUUAAUGUAUGAAAUAAAUUACUGAACCUGGAGCUGAAGAUUAUUUCUAUUGAAAAGUCACAUUUUGGUAUUUUAAUAGUAAAAACCAAAAAUAAAAUUCUAAAUUUUCUUUUAAUUAUGCAUUAUCUUGAAACAUUAUUCAUGUCUCAGGUUAAGUUAACCGUAUCCAUCUUCUGGCCUCAUUGCAUAUAUGGUGAAGAUUCUUGAAUAGAACAACAAUGGAUGUGUAUGAAUCUUUUUCUUUUUUUUUUUUACCACUUUAAUGGAGUGACAUGUUCUUGAUUAAGUGCUUGGGGCAGUUUCGAGAAAACAAUGACAUGAUUGCGCGAAAAACGGAUCUCUCCAUGUGCGUGCAUGACCUUCCCCACUAGAUGGAGACAACGUAUAAAUGAACGGAGGAUACAGUCGAGAAGGUGGAAGGAGUAAUGAAAAUAUGUAGCCUGUCCAAGACUGUUAAACCACCCUCACAUAGAAGUACUAGUUGCUCUUCUCAUUCACCUGCAGGCAUUCAGCUUAAUUUACCUCCACAUAAUCUCUGCAUUCUUCAAAACAAAUUUCAGAAAAACUAAAUUACAUAAAAUUGCUAUUCUUGGGAUUUUGCUUUUGUGAAAAAUUGUUGAUAUAAAACUUAUGUGGUACAAAAAUGCAAGAGAGUCUGAAAAUGAAUUUAAAUGAUGGCUGUUCAGUCUGAUUUUCAGAAUAGUGAAGCAAAUAUUGCAAAUUAUGCUUAAAAAAUACAAAACAGUAACUCAUUCUUAAAAUACUUUUGUGUUUAUAUUUUGUUAGAUGCAUAUCUGAUUAAAGACAUAUACAUCAAUCUUAUUCAAUUAAAUUAAACCACAGUUUUAUUGUUGAACGGCUUAAAACAACACCGUGAUAUUUUGGUUAUUUUUCAAAAACAAACAAAACUGGUCCAUUUAAAAAGAAUUACAAAAUAUGUUGAGAUAACUAUUUGAAAAAUUACUUGAAAAGAAACAGUCAUAUAUUUUACCUCUUGUGUAUUUUGUGUGUGUUUAGGCUCAUAGGUUUGCAUGUAGUAUUUUUUUCUUCAUCUUGAGACCUCCUCUGUCCAAAGUUCUUCAUGCAUUAAAAUCUGUCAAUAAAACUAAUUUUACGAGCAAACUGUU